AUGAAGGUUCCUGAAGAAAUCGUAUACGAAAUCUUGCUUAGGUUACCCGUCAAGUCUCUACUUCGGUUCACGACAGUGUGCAAGUCAUGGAAUUGUAUGAUCAAAAGCUCUACCUUCAUCCACACCCAUCUCAAAUCCAACCAUCGAAACGACGACGUUCAACUCCUCCUCCACCAUCCUGAAUUUGAUAUUUACUCAUUGUACAGGGACGACGACAACAAAGACGACGGCCGUGCAUGUGCAUCAUCAUCAUCAUCAUCAUCAUCUACGCUUAUAGAGUAUAGUACCAAUCUUGACAAUCCAUAUACAUAUUACGCCGAACGCACUGGAACCAAGACCUGGGGAUCCGAGUUUGUGGGAACUUGUAACGGGCUCGUGUGCAUUGCUGGGAAAGACAAGCAUCAGAAAGAACUUGACAUUGGAAACCGGUACCUUGAGGCUGGUCAUCCGUCUGCUUUUGUCAUUGGUGCUCAGCAUUGGCUUCAAGCCAACGUGAGCACCUGGAAUAUUUCCAUUUUGUCAUUUGAUAUGUCCGGUGAAGUGUUCAGCAAGAUAGCCAUACCACCAGAAGCUGAAACAAGAAAAUGUUUGGAUUUUAAUCGAGAUUGCGUGGUUUCGAGGUACAGAGAGUCCCUUGCAUUUUUCGAAAGCUGUUGGGAGAGGAGGGAAAGUGGUUCGGUUCUUCGCAUGAACAUGUGGGUGAUGGAAGAGUAUGGUGUGGCCAAAUCAUGGACUAAACUAUUUGCAAUAUGCCUGGAAGGGCGUAUUUGUAGACUGGUUGGUUGUAGUAAACGUGGUGAAGAAGUUGUGCUCAAACUAAAGGUUGAUGAUGAUAUCGUUGAAUAUAAAUCUGUGAACACUAAGACCAAACAAGUUAAGAAUUUUCAUUUUGAUGGAGAACGUUCUACUUAUUACUCGGUCAUGGAUGCUUUCACAGAGAACCUUGUCUUGCUUGACAAGCCCAAUGUAUUUACAUACUAA